AUGCCACGCUCCUUCCUGGUGAAGAGCAAGAAGGCUCACACCUACCACCAGCCCCGCAUCCAGGAAGAUGACCCGAUCUGGCCUCCUGCCCUCAGCCCCAGGGCCAGAGACCAGGUCCUGAGCAAUGAUCCUGUCCUCAACACCCUGUUCCCAAACCAGUGCCUGACCUGGACUGACCUCAAACGGGAGCCAGAGCUGGAGCUGGAUCAGAGCCUGAGCAGGACGGCCUUGGUGCCAGAGGGCCCUGCUGUAAUGCCCCGAUCCCAGGACAGGGAGUCCGACUCGCCCCCGUUCUACAAGCCCAGCUUCUCCUGGGAUGCCCUGGCCUCGUCCUACGGCCACAGCUACCGGCAGGCCCCCUCCACCAUGCAGUCUGCCUUCCUCGAGCGCUCCGUCAGCCUGUACGGCAGGCCUCUUGUGCCCAGCACUGAGCCGCCCCUGGACUUCAGCCUCCGCUGCUCCCCGGGCAUGGACACGUACCACUGCAUCAAGUGCAACAAGGUGUUCUCUACCCCACACGGGCUCGAAGUGCAUGUCCGCCGCUCCCACAGCGGGACCCGGCCCUUUGCCUGUGACGUCUGUGGCAAAACCUUCGGCCACGCCGUGAGCCUGGAGCAGCACACACACGUCCACUCCCAGGAGCGCAGCUUCGAGUGCCGGAUGUGCGGCAAAGCCUUCAAGCGCUCGUCCACCCUGUCCACGCACCUGCUCAUCCACUCGGACACGAGGCCCUACCCCUGCCAGUUCUGCGGCAAGCGUUUCCACCAGAAGUCGGACAUGAAGAAGCACACGUACAUCCACACAGGUGAGAAACCCCACAAGUGCCAGGUGUGCGGGAAGGCCUUCAGCCAGAGCUCCAACCUCAUCACGCACAGCCGGAAGCACACCGGCUUCAAGCCCUUCAGCUGCGAGCUGUGCACCAAGGGUUUCCAGCGCAAGGUCGACCUGCGGCGGCACCGCGAGAGCCAGCACAAUCUCAAGUGA